AUGCCGUUUAGCAUUAGCCUACCGCUGGAUGUCGGACCACCACCAUUUCAGUCAAAGCUUGCUCGCAUUCGCUAUGUGCUGUGCUGCACUCUUCUCGUCCGGGACAAAGGCGUUCAAUAUCUGGUUCGAACCUCACAGGGAGUUUCACUGCUUUCCGUUUACGAUCCAGAAAAGGCCCUCAUGUCCCUACCAAGCCCGCUAACAGCUUCGGAUGAGUAUAUGCGUCAGAAGGAAGGAGGCAUUGAAGCCAUACGAGUCACAGCUGGACUCCACCGACAAGUCUGGGUCAGCGGAACAUGCAUAUUUGUGGACGUGCACAUUGCAAACAAUAGCCGAAAAACCAUCAAGAAACUUGAGCUGCAGCUGGAAAGGGAUAUAUUAUGCUACAAACAUACUGCAGCCUCGACACUGGAAAAGUCGGCCGGCCAGGCUCGGAUUUUUGAUAACAACGAACGCACGGUAUUUGCCAAAACUUCCAUUAAGCAGGGCAUGCACGGCUGGUCUGGAGUUGCUCCCCAUACGACUGUCACAAGAACAUGCGACCUGGAGCUUCCGCGCGGACAUGCAACUGUCAAAUGUGGCAAGUUCUUUGAAGUCCGCUACUUCCUCAACAUUGUAGUCAGCAGCACACACAGCAAACUUGUCACUGUUCAGCUCCCUAUUGUCCUGAUACACAUGAACUCGCUUGAUGUUGUUCCAAAUUCCGUUGCUCAAGUAGCGGCUGCAAUCGAAGAGAAACGAGGGCAUCCUGCUCAUCGUCGGGCUCGUACACUGUCCCGGCGGCCGUCACGGUCCGUCCAAGGCCGAGCGUUUGCAGCACCUCGCAUGCAAUCUCUUGACCGCAUGCGUGCCGAGGCGGAAGACCUGCGCGAGCUCGGCCAUCUGCUUGAACAUUCACCACGCAAGUACAAACCGGCAACCAAACUCACUACUACGAUCCAGCCUGAUGGCAGCACCUCAGUCAAGAAAGAACAUGCAGUCAGGCGUGUCCAGAGUGCCACCCCAAAGCUCGCCAGCCGACGUAUAGGCCGCAAAUUCAGCUCCGAUACCAUCGGCCUGAAUAGCGCCGUCGGACUGGGGUAUGGCUAUCACAGCAGCAACAAUUUGGGUGGUGGUUGUUCCAGCGCCAGCGAUAAUCAUGACAGCGACGACCAACUUGCCAGUAUGCCCCUACGACAGCACCGCCGUAACGCGUCCAGCCCGGGUUUCGAGACGCCAUCGAACGAAAAUCGUCAAGGCCGCUUCAUGGAAAUCGGCAGUGUCGAAAGCAUGAGGAAUCGUCUCCGCCACGUACGUUCCCGCUCUAACGAAACGACCCGCAGCCAGCGCUCCUCAUCUGCAACACAUGGCUACUUACCCAAUCACCACCAUAAUCCCCACCCAGCUCUCGGCCUCAAGCAGUCCACCAGCCUCCAUGGACCUCCAGGUUCCGCCCGCUCCCAUUCACGCGCAGGCAGCAACCCCACCACGUCUGCCAUACUGCUCUUCCCGCCACCUCCGCUACCGCAUCCACCCGGGGCAGAUCAGCACGCUCGACAGCCACUCGAGUUCCGUGAAGCGGAGGUCGCCUUGCCCAGCGAGCACGUCGUGGAUCUGAGCACGGGCGGCUCGGGUGGCGCGUACCCCAGUGCCACCGCCGGCGGCGCCGCCUCGUCGUUGGCGCUCUUCGGAGGCAUGGGAUCGUCGGGUGCGGCGAGCUUCAAGGCCCGGCUAGAUGCUGCGAGGGACAGGCAGUGGCGGUUCCAGGGCAUAGGCAGCCACCACCACAACAACAAUAACAACGGCGGGGGAAGAGCACCGGCUGCUGGUGGUGCGAGCGGCCAUCACCACGGUAAGAAGUGGAAGGGGUUGCCGGAGAGGGGUCUGGAAUGGAUUAUGGGGGAUAGAGAGGAGAGGGAGAAGGAAAAAGAAAAGGAGAGGAGGAGGGCGAUGGAUAAUUGGAUUUGA